AUGGCGAAUCGCGAUUCAGGAAACUUGCGUAGAGGACCUUGGCUUGAGGAAGAAGAUGAGAUAUUGACCGCCAUUGUUGGAGCUUUAGGCGAAAAACAUUGGGACGCAUUAGCUAAACAAUCAGGUUUAAAGAGGAGUGGAAAGAGUUGUCGAUUAAGGUGGAUGAACUAUCUUCGACCGAAUUUAAAGCAUGGUGAGAUCACUCAAGAGGAAGAAGACAUCAUUCUUGAUCUUCAUAAACAAUGGGGUAGUAAGUGGUCGAAAAUCGCUAAAAGAUUGCCCGGACGAACAGAUAACGAGAUCAAGAAUUACUGGAGAAGUCAUUUAAAGAAGAAAAUAGAAGCUCAACAAACAGAAUGUGUCGAAGGAACCAAAAGCAGCACGAAACAAGAUUUCGCGAUACCAACACGCGACAGGAGCCUUGAUUACAUUGGGAUUGAGAGCAGUGUGAGCGGAAACGAGGGUAUUUUCGGAAUUCCAUCAUCUGAAACACCUGAUCAGAUGUCUAACAUGAAUGCAUUGAUGGGUAAUGAUUCUCCAUAUGAAAGCAGGAUAUCAGAAUGGAUAUCAUCUACAAGCUGCUGGUCAAAUGAAGUGAAAGAUUGCAUGGGGACGUACACGUAUCCAUGUUUCUGUCAACUUGGAUCGAGCUCUCAUGAAGAAAGCAAGAGUCAUGGUGUGUGGGAUCUUUGGAAUCCCAUUUGGGAAAUGAGUUAG